CUCAGCCCUAUGACGCGGAUGCGAACGUCGGCGCAUCAGAGCGUCCCGAGCGAUUGACAGCCGACGGCAGCAGAUGCGCGCAGGACUCCCGGGGCAGCAUGAACGAGGACGACUACGAUGACAACGGCGCGAGCUCCGCGGAAGAGGACGACGAGCAGGAGGAGAACGAUGCGAUGGACGUGGACGAGGACGGGGACGAUGGCGGGGACGGAGACGGGGACGACGGCGGGGACGACGAUGACGACGGGGACAAUGACGACGACGAUGCAGAAGGCGACAACGACAACGACGACGACGACGACGAAGACCACGACCCCGACCCCGACGAGACCGGCAGUCCCUCGCAGCAACGCAGGCUCCCAAACGGCGGCGCCCCCGGGCCUGCGGACGCGACCAACCCGCGGGUGACGCGCACCUCGGCGAGCCCGCAGGCGGCGGCGGCGGCGGCGGCGGGCGUGCUGGGCAACCUGCCCUUCCGGCCGGCGGUGCGCCCCGAAGCGCUCAGCGCGGCCGCGUACGACAUGAUCCCGACCAUGGCGGCGCCGCACAGCACGUCGAUCAACGCGGUGGCGGCGACGCCCGACAUGCGGUGGGUGUUCAGCGGCGGGGCCGACGGCUACAUCCGCAAGUUCAACUGGGUCGACACGGCCAACGGCAAGCUGGCGCUGACGGUCGCCCAGCGACACCCGUUUGUCGACUCGGUGACCAAGGCGGGCGUGCUGCUGUCGUACUGGGAAAACGGCGACGGCGGCGGCUCCGACGCGCCCUCGCCCGUCUACUCGCUCGCCGUGCACCACCAGUCGCUGUGGCUGCUGUCGGGCACCGAGUCGGGCGCCAUCAACCUGCAGAGCGUGCGCCACAGCGAGGGCCACCGCAUCCACACGCUCAAGGGGCACUCGUCGGCCGUGUCGGUGCUGACGCUGGCCGCGGACGAGACGUCGGUGCUGAGCGGCAGCUGGGACAAGACCAUGCACGACUGGGACCUGCACACGGGCCAGGUGCGCCGCAGCUUCGCGACCAGCGGCGGCCAGAUCAGCGCCAUCGAGCAGCGGCCCACGUCGGCCCUGCCUGUGCCGCGUCACUCGGAGCCGGAGCCGGCGGCGAGCGGCACCUUUGCCUCGACCAACGCCGCCCGUCCGCGCGCCAACGGCAGCAGCCACGUCGAGGCGGUCGUCGGCUCGCCCGAUGACUCGCUGUUCGGCGACGGCGGCGACAAGGACUCGCUGUUUGGCGACCGCGCCGACAACACUGACGACCGUGCCGACAGCAACAUUGACGACCGCCCCGACAACAUUGACGACCGCGCCGACAACAUCGACAACCGCGCCGACAACAACAACAUCGACAACCACGCCGACAACAACAUCGACAACCACGCCGACAACAACAACAUCGACAACCACGCCGACAACAGCCCCGACAACCGCCCCGACAACCCCUCGGCCGCGCUGCCCGACGACGACGACGACGACGACUUCUCGCGCGCCAUCGCAAACGGCAUCCACGCCGCCGAGCACGACACCAGCGCCGACCUGGACAUGCUGGACAUGGGCGGGCCCGUGCAAGCCCCGGACGCUGAGCCCGCAAGAGACGCGCAGGCCACACGGGAAAACGACGCGCAGGCCACACGGGAAGAAUACACGCACGCCACACGGGAAGAAGCGGCCAGGUCGCCCCCGGCAGCGCGCGACGCUGCACCGCUGGCCAACGGGCUGCCCCACGCCGAGCACCUGCCCGCGGCCGCGCCACACUCGCCGACGCUCCCGCCGAGCUCCGAGUCGACGUUCCUCUCCUCCACCAUCGACGGCACGCUCGCCAUAUGGGACCGGCGCCAGGCCUCGCCCAUUGCGCGCCUGCUGCCCCCGCGCGGCACCCCGCCGUGGUGCAUGAACGCCUGCUGGAGCCCGGACGGGAACUACAUUUACGCGGGGCGACGCAACGGCACCGUCGACGAGUACAGCCUGCACAAAUCCCUCUCCGCGCCCGCGCGCACAUUCAAGUUCCCCGGCGUCAGCGGCAGCGUGAGCGCCGUGCGCGCCAUGCCCAACGGCCGCACGCUGAUAUGCGCAUCCUACGACAUCCUCCGCCAGUACGACCUCUCGCACACCACCGCCUCGACAACCGGCACCUCGGCUUCGACAAACACAGCAGCGACCCCCUUCCUCAUCGUCCCCGGUCACCGCACCGGCGUCAUUUCGCAGCUCUACCUCGACCCCACGUGCAGCUUCAUGAUCUCCACGGGCGGCAACAGGGGCUGGGAGGGCGCUACGACGGAGGUUUUGUUGGGCUACGAGAUUAGCUACGUGGCGUAGACGGAGACGGUGUGGGGAGUGUGGUGCUGGAUUAUACCCUGGUUUGGCGUUUGGGAUUGUUUGUUGUGUGUUGGUGGGGGAAGUGAAGCGGGCGAGUUGGUGUGGGACGUGAAACGGGCGAGUAGGUGUGGGACGUGAAGCGGGCGAGUUGGUGUGGGACGUGAAAUGGACGAGUUGGUGGUGUGUAAGGUCUAGGGCUUCUGAAUAGAUGGUAAUACAGACAUGAUGCUGCACAAACGCACCCUAAGCCACUGCAGGUCUGUCUUGCUAGCUACUACUAUACUCGUAUAGGCCUUGACCCUGAGUAGUAGGCAGUAGGCAAGGUCUCUAGCUUCUUCACGGACAGCAAAAAGACAUUACGCCACACACAGCAAAAAGA